AAAUGUGUAACUGAUCCUUAGUCAUUGGUUGCAUAUCUCAAAGUGCAGGGUGCUUGGUUAUGAAAGUUAAUGAGGAUAAUGUCCCCACACACACACAGAAACAUUAAGCCAUUUCUGGCCUGAUAGCUACUGAGCAGAUAAUAAAAGUGAAAUAAUUAAAUUCAACAUGAGUAUGAAUAUGAAUAGAAUUAACAUGUCAGUGAACCAUACACUGACACUGAACCACACACUGACACAGAUAAAAGGAAAAGCAGACACAAAACUGACAAUAUAUCAAGGGCUUGACACCCUUCCACAGUCCAGUGUUCAUAUAUCUUGGUAGCAGCAGCCCUCAGCUCAGUUAAUGACAAACGCAAGGAGCUCUUAUCUGCACAUCUUGUAACUUAAUCCAAGGUCACAGAGCAAUAGUUACACAGAGGAUUGCAUUAAAUCUGGAGAGACACUUCUUGUGUUUUCCAAUUACACAGAUUCCUCAUUGGCUAGACAUGGGUUAUGGGUCCCCACUCCCUAUUUCCCUACAUACAUGCACUUUGCAAAACAAUUGCUGUAUUUUUUAUGUGAUGAUUUUAGACAUGGUGUGAUUGUGACUUGACUAGCCAAUUUACUAAUUAAAUAAAUGUAAUUAUAUUUAACACAAUUCCGUUGACAAUUUUCCAUUUGUCUUUAGCAACAACAUCACACAGUAUCUUCCCUUUCAAUUUCUGGUCAAUGAUUUAGAAUGUCUGACAGUACAUAAUUAGUCAUUGGAGAUAGUAAAUCAGGGUGUGUAUAAAGCAACAACAAUCAUAUAUGGAACUACAAAACAAACCAUGAGGUCAGAGAAGGAAAAAAAUGUGACAAGGAGCACUUGUUGCCAUACCUACCCCUGGUUUGGUGGGGUAGAUAGGUGGAGUUUGUCCUACACCUGAAAUAUAAGCUGACCUACAGGUAGCCAAGAACUCAUUGAAGGAGUUUUCUUCCUUCUCUCUCCUUUUUGUUCUCACAAACUGUCCUAAAUAUAAUUAUGCCAAAGUUCAAUGUGCAUAAGCAAGGGCAAUAGAGGAGUGGGGACAUUGUGGAACUCUCCAGGAAGGGUAUUACAGCAGGUUCAUGUUGCAGAUUAUAACUACUGAGAACAAGUGAAGCCACACACCUGAGAAGGCAAUAACACUAAAUCCUCACUCCUUGCUAUGCAAAUAGGGUGACAAACUACCAACCAAAGAGAACACACUUAAGACCAAGAUGACCACCAAGAAGGCAGAUUUCCAGCGGAGGAUUGUCUCCAAGGAUGGACACAACCAAGUGCGCAUUGACAAUGUGGAGGGCAUGGUAAAGCUCUAUCUCCACGACAUCUGGACCACGGUGGUGGACAUGAAGUGGCGCUACAAGCUCACACUGUUCUCCUCCACCUUCGUCAUGACCUGGUUCCUCUUUGGCGUAAUCUUCUACUUCAUCGGCAUGGGCAACGGUGACUUCAAGGGUGAGCUGCUGUCCAACCACACACCGUGCAUCAUGAAUGUUGAGACCCUUACCGGCGCCUUCCUCUUCUCCCUGGAGUCGCAGACCACCAUUGGCUACGGUUUCCGCUACAUUACCGACGAGUGUCCGCUGGCCAUCUUCGUCCUGGUGGUCCAGCUUGUCACCACGGGCCUGGCUGAGAUCUUUGUGACCGGGGCCUUCCUGGCCAAGCUGGCACGACCCAAGAAGCGGGCCGAGACUAUCAAGUUCAGCCAGUCGGCGGUGAUCUGCCGGCACGAUGGCAAGCUAUGUCUGAUGGUGCGUGUGGCCAACAUGAGAAAAAGCCUGCUGAUCCAGUGCCAGCUGAUUGGAAAGCUGCUUUCGCCCAACGUGACCGAGGAGGGCGAGAAGACUCUGAUCCACCAGACAGCUGUGGACUUCUACAUGGACUCAUGCGGGGAGUGCCCCUUCCUAAUCCUGCCCCUCACAUUCUAUCACGUGUUGGAUGAGAGCAGCCCGCUGGUGGGGCUGACCGCUGAGAGGUUGCGGACGCGCGACUUUGAGCUGCUGGUCACCCUCAACGCCACCAUGGAGUCCACGGCAGCCACGUGUCAGAGCCGCACAUCGUUCGUUCCCCAGGAGAUCCUGUGGGGCUACGAGUUCAAGCCCGUGCUCUUCAGCACCCCCAGUGGCCGGUAUGUGGCCGACUUUAACUUCUUUGACAAGGUGCAGUUAAGCAGCGACCCGACACUCCUCAGCAACAACACAGAGAAGCUGAAACUGGAGGAGGUGUACAAGAAGGAAUAAUGGAGGACACUAAAACAUGUUGGACACACUGGUAAAGAACAUGAUACACUUUAAUGGUUGUUUUACCAUAGUUACUGUCUAGAAACAAUUUGGAAAUACACCCAGCUAGCAAAUUUGGUUCCUUGGAAGUUGUGGGAACGUAUGUUUUUGGUUUCACAUUGGUUAUGGGAACGAAGCCAUAUGUUUCCAUAAGUUUAAAGUUUUACCUGUUCUGGGAACAUUUAUUUUUAGGUUGCAGGAGGUUUUAUUAAACCUAGCUUAUUUUGUGUUAAUGUUUUUGAACUCCAAGCAUUUCCUUAAGCAUUAAUCAUGUGAACACAUGCAUUUUUCAUUAUGGCACAGCAUCAGUGGGAUUUGAACCUUCGAUCUUCUGUUCUCUAUCUAUGGAAUUAGUCCACUGCGCCAUCAAGAAGGAGCUAACAUGGCAUAUGGCAUUUUACACAUACAAAGCUGUUAAUUCUAGUAUGCUCAUACAGACCUAAUUUCAAAGGAAACGAGAACUCAUUAAGAUCAGACGUGGCCAAUUAGUGGCCGCAGCCAACACACCUGAACACACUUAACAAGAUACAGGCUAGAGAGAGUUUUGUAGAUGCUGAGAACAGAAUGUAUAUGUUUUUAAAUAUCAAUCUUAGAACAUUCUCUAAACGUUACAAAAGUUUACUUGAGGAUUUGGAUAGAAUGUAUUCUUAACAUUCUCUGGACAUUUUAAGAACAUGACUUUAAAUAUAACCAUGAGGAAGCCUGUAGGAAACAUUAUACUGAAGUCCUGAAAUUCCCACAGAAUAACAUUGUUUCUUAAUGUUCUUGGAACAAUUCGAUAAUGUGACUUUGAACAUGACCAUGACCACACAUUGACUCUGUACCGGUACCCCCUGUAUAUAGUCUCGCUAUUGUUAUUUUACUGCUGCUCUUUAAUUACUUGUUCCUUUUAUUUCUUAUUGUUAUUAAUAUUUUUUUUAACUGCAUUGUUGUUUAGGGGUUUGUAAGUAAGCAUUUCACUUUAAGGUCUACACCUGUUGUAUUCGGUGCAUCUGACUAAUGCAAUUUGAUUUGAUUUGAGGAACUGUAAUGCUGAAAUACUGAAAUUCCCACAGAAGAACGUUGUUUCUUAACAUUCUCUGAACUAUUUGAGAACAUUCCCAAUGUCAAACCAGUUGGAGAACGUUUCUAGAACAUUACCACCAUUAAAAUGAAAUGUAACCAUGUUUGAACUUUUAGGAAACGUUCUGUUAAAGUAAUGAAAUACCAAGAAAAUAAGUUCCUUAAAUGUGCUGAGAAUGUUCCAAAGAAACUAUCUUGCAUCAAUCCCAGAAAGUUGUGGGAAGGUUGUUUCUAAAAUAACCAUAGGACAACCACACUCUCAACAAGCUCUAAUAACCAUAUGGUUCUCUGAACGUUAUGUGCUAGCUGGGCAUAGUACAGAAAUAUAUAUGUUUGUAUAACUCAUAAACCUAAUGAGUGAAUGCUGACAAAUGUACGCAAAAAUAAAUAAUGUACCUGAUCAGUGUGCAUCUGGUCAGAGUACAUUCAUGUGCUGUGUACCGUAUAUUUGGCAUAUUGUUUGUAUUUACAAGCUUUAUAAUAGGAGUAUGUGGACAUGCAUUCAGAAUAAGGACUGCGUCUCAGGUGCUGGUGUUUGUGUAAUUGAAUUUGUGGCAGUAACUGUUGCUGUAUUAGAAACAAAUUAUGGAGGAUUCCAGGAAAACAGAACAAGAUGUUGUUACUUUUUAUCACGCAAGUUGUAUAUUUGAAUGAAUUAUACAUAUUUCACUCAAAAGGUAGAUGGGGAUAUAACAAAACUAGUUUGAGAUAAUGGCUGUGUAAUGCUUAAAAGCUGUGUUCCAUCUGUAUCUCUGAAUAAACCAUUGGCUUUCAAGAA